UCACCUCACAUUACGUCAAUCAUGAAUUUAUUGGGCAGUGUUAAUGCUGCUUAGUCCAAACUCAGUAAUGGGCGAGUGCUGAAGCCCCUUCUUUCAUUCGACUUUUUUUUCGCUCCUGAAAGCCUUCUGUAUCACAUUUGUUUUUUUCGUUGUAGGCUUAAGCCUGCGCUUUAUCAACAAACUCCCUGCAACACUAGACAGCUAAGUCUUAAAUCGGUACGUUUUGCUGUGUUACACAUUAGCGCUUUAAUCAUCAUGGAUGAAUCAAAGGUUGAAGAAAUGGACGAGAAAAUUUAUGGCGGAUGCGAGGGCCCUAAUGCCAUGUAUGUGAAGCUUAUAUCGUCAGACGGACAUGAAUUUAUUGUAAAGAGAGAGCAUGCUCUCACUUCUGGAACCAUCAAAGCUAUGCUCAGUGGACCUGGUCAAUUUGCUGAAAAUGAGACAAAUGAGGUCAAUUUCAGGGAAAUUCCGUCACAUGUUCUUCAAAAAGUCUGCAUGUACUUCACCUACAAGAUACGUUACACAAACAGCUCAACAGAAAUUCCUGAAUUCAAUAUUGCUCCAGAGAUUGCCCUAGAACUGCUCAUGGCAGCUAAUUUCUUGGAUUGCUAAGAACUAUUAAUGGAACUUUCCUGCCAAAUUUUGUAUGACCAUUCUCACUAUCCCUGGCUUAUUUCAUAAUGUUUUACUUUUCAUCAAAAGAAGCUUGAUAUGCCUCAGUGUCAAAGCAAAGAGGUUGAAUAUGUGGCAGUGUUAAGUAAUAGUCUCAAAGCAGACAUCCCCAACUGUUAGCCUGAGACACAAUGAAAAAGGCGGGCAAAAUUCAGUGUUUUACAAUUUUUUUGAUAACCUGCAUUCCUGUAGGGUGAACAUUCUAUGUGUUUGGGAUAUUUAGUCUUACUUCAUCUGAGUGUGCCCUUUCUGUCUCUUGUCAUUGAUGACAAAUUUUUACUUCAUAACUCCUUGAAUUAAAAUCUGCCUUGUGUCCUGGAGUCUCAUUUGAGUUAUGAAUGUGUUGUCCUUUGUACUGUCCUAUAGCUUACUGUGAGUCCAUCUGAAUUGCUUCAACUUUCUUAUUCCGUUCUUUUCAAAAGCAUGUCAGAAAUCAUCUGAUGCAUUUUAUUGAACAUUUUUAAAAAAAUUAAAAAUCUCUGUAUGAGUGUUUUGUGUGUGCACGGGUUUGUGUGUAUAUACGACCAGUCUUGGUAAUAUUUAUAUGUAUGGUGAUCUUUGUUUCAGUUUUAAGAACAUCUCUCAUUUGUGUUGACUUUGUGUUCAUCCAUGUUCGCUGAGAAAAGUGUUAAAGCCUUACACAGCUGAACAAGUCAUGUAUUUUUGUAACACAGGGGUCUACUAAGCUAAAUCUGUGAUUAAAGCCAUGAGUAAAUAAACAAAUCUCUCAAGCCCUAAAA